CUUGCCAACUGGUCACAGGACCAAAAGGAGGUUCUACGCCGAUUCAUGUAUCACAGUUUUGUCCCAGAAUUCCAUGAGUCUGGGUGGGAAGAAAUUAUCGCAGGCAGGUGCAUCGACCUCGAUAUCGUCCAUACCAUCAUCAUCACUUCUCGAGCGGUUGAAAAGCACACAGUGACCAUUGGGGAGGUGGAAAUAUGUUAUGGUACGGAGGUUGCCACUAUGAAGAUUACCACCGAGUCAGAGUGGAUCGCAGCAUGGAACCGGGCGGCUCGCGCUCUCAGGUUCGCUUUCCCUCACCGAACGGCUGAGCUCGAUGCAUACUUUGAGUACAUCUCUGGUAUGUUCGCGCAGUCUGCCAAAGCCGCCCAUGGACAAAUCAUUCUGUUUGACAAGGCGGUCAGGAACAGAGUCGGGUCAUCACGCAGACACGAACUCGGCGACUUUGACGCCUUCCAAGACAUA